AUGCGGCAAAGUUUCACCCAGUCAUUCAAUAUGAUCAGCCAUAUGGAGACUCAUACCGAUAUAGAAAUCGUACAGUUGUUCGAUAUGCCAGAAAGUUUAAAAGCAAAACGUAGUUUGCAAAGACACGCAACAAUGCAUGACAAAAAUAGACCAAUCUUCAAUUGUACUAUUAUGCAGCCAUAUACAGAAAACUUGCAAAGGAACAGGCUUCAACCCCGACCAUGUCUACCAGAAUAUCUGAGAUAUCAGAUAUUUCACAUGAUACCGAGGUCUAUCGAUGUGACUUUAUGGGAGUUUUCGCAUGGCGAAGAACCGUGGGUCUGUCUUCAUGGAGCUGAGAUAUUCACAAAAUUAAAAGCUAGUGAACGAUAUCCGGAACCGCAAAGAUCAUUUAUGCAUGCUGGACAUGAUGGCAUAAAUAUAGAGCAAUAUUGGGGUCAACCAGAUUACAUUGAUGAUAUAUAUCUGGAAAAUUCUGUUUUGAGGAAACAGGAAUCUACUUAUGAGAUUCCUCUUAGGAAAGAGGAAUCUUACUAA